AUGGUUUCUCAUGUUUCACUUCUUGUUUUCAUAAUCUCUGUAAAAAACAGCUGCUUAUGCUCAAAUGGACUUGCUAAAUACAAGCUUACCAAAGAAUUGACACAGACAAUCAGAUUCAAAUACUUCUUUCCUGCUGAUCAACUGUUGCAAACAUUUGCAAAUAGAGAUCUGGUUUUUAUUUCAAGUAAAUUUAUUGUUGAGAAUUCUGAACUAUGUUUUACUAUUGCAUAUUCAAGUAUUGUUGAUAACGAAAACUCUAACUGCGAAUUUGUCUUGAGUAAUGUUCCUGUAACUAUUCCUUAUAGCAUAUACUUUGUGACUGUUACCCGUCAGCUAAAGAAUGUUGGAGAUUUUAUUUAUUUUGGUGCAAAAACAAUUCAAUAUAAUUCUGUCACUGAUGCACCAUCAAUAAUCAAUAUUAUUGAUGAUAAUAUUGAUUCUACUAUAACAAAAGCACCCCAAAAUCAAUAUUGUUCAUUAAGGAAAUCUGUAAAUCCUGUUAAUGCCAAUGUUGAAGCUACCCUAUUCUAUUAUCAAAGUGAUGAGAAGCAAUCUGAUCAUGAAAACAGAAAUGAAAGUAAUAAUGAAAAUGCUAUAAAAGAAAUAGCUAAAGAAGUGUUGGCUGAAUUUCGAGAUAUAGUUGAUCUUAAUGAAUUAUGUGAGUUACCAUGCACAGUUUGCUCAGAAAUUUAUAAUAACAAAGAUUACAAAAAAAUUUCAUUACAAAUUUGUCAUUCUUAUGAUAAUUAUUUACAAAAAUGUAUGACUUCACCACUAUCAUUAGCCAAUGAUAUGUGGAUUGGUUCCAUCCUAGCAUGUCUUCAAGACCUAUCAAUACUAGAACAACUCCUCAUCUCGCCAGGAGAAAUUCCUGAAGCCUUAACUGUAAUGACCACAGUUGUAGAUAUUGAUUUUUGUGAAACAGAGCAUUAUACCGGCUACACUUGUAAUCAGCAAGAAUCUAAUAGUAAAAGUAAUGAUUAUGAAAUUGAAAAAUGGUCUAAUAUUAAUAAACAUAAUUUAAAAGACUUUAUAAGUAAUAAUUCAAUUAAUAAUGCAAAUGAACUCAGACCUUCUGGGAUAAUAGAUGUUAAUGACAUACUUAUUACCAGAAAAGAGCUUACAUUGCUCUCUUUUAAGAAGCUUGUUGAUAACCCAGAUUAUAAUACUUAUGAGCAAUUACCAUCAAAUGAAAAUGUGCCUAAAUUAAAAGAUAAAGCAAUACAAUCACAUAUAUUAAAUGUACCUCAUAGCAAUAAACUUCUAAAUGAAUAUGAAAACUUAACUCUCCUUCUUGCAGGUUUUUCAGUUCUUUUUACUUAUGAUGUUAGUGGUCACAAAGCAAAUCUAAUAUCAUCUUUAAAACCUGAAGAUAUUGAUUUUGCUGUUAAACAAGUCCAAGAUAGUCAAUUGAUUAGUAAUCCUGCUGUUAACGAAUUGCUCAAGAAUGUCAAUUCUGCAGCUUCAGAAAGAGCUCGGCUUGCCCACCUUGACUCUACAGCUGUUACUAAAUACUUUCAUGUUAUAAUCCAAGCAAUUAUAGAUACCUUAAUUAGAUAUAAAAGAAAAAAUGAUGUUAAAUAUCAAGAUCGUGGUACAUCGCAUUGUCACAUGCUUGUUUGGCUUCAUGGAGCUCAUGACCCUUUAUUAUUAUGCCAAAAACUUAAAACCAAUAAUGAAUUUUGCAAGCAUCUCUUAAAUUAUGUCAGUGAUAUUGUUUGUGAAGUCAUUAAUUAUCUCCUAAAGAAUGAAAUCAUUAAUGAUAUCACAAUUAAAACCAAAUACGAGGCCUCUAAAAUGAUGCUUGAAAAGUGA